CCAGCCAGCCAGCCAGCCAGCCAGCCAGCACCUUCCUCACACGCGAACCGCGCAAAUCCCGCCUGCUGCUGACCCCCCUCCUCGACACCGACAUUGCCUCAACAUGCAGCCCAGCCAGUUUGGAUAAAGGGGGCCGCCACCACCGCAACCCUUCGUAUGUCCAGUACAAGGAGCACAUGCCCGCCCACACUGACGUGGAGGUGUGGCUCCUCCGACAACGGGGCAGGGUCAGGGGUAGGUGGUGCUGGGGGCAUGGCGUGCCCCGUUUUCUCUGGCCUCUUUCUUUUUCCUCUUUUAUCUCUUUUUUAGUUUCUAUUUCCUAUUUGUCCCCCCUCUUUUGGGGUCAGGUCAGGUCGACCACUCGGGCAGCAUCCAUCGGGCGGGCCAGAUGCUCCACCCAUCACGAUAGAGCGCUGGCGCGGGUGCCGUCUGGCCUUCUGCCCUACCGGGGACCGUCCUUCGUCGUUCCAAGUGGGGAGGCGGACCUUGUGCUUGGCUCUCUGCUCGUUACUGCUGGCGGGCUGUUCCUCCGUCGUUCCCAUUUAUGAGCGUGCUCCGAUCGAAAGCCACCGCCGCUCCCCUGGGACCGUGGUUAAGAUCGAUCUCGUCUGCUCCUCCUCCCAACCCGAUUAAUCUACAUACCACCUCGACCGACGCCUUCUUUCUCGUCUUGCCUUCUUUGUCCUUCCGUUUCUUUCACCGGUCUCGUAUCUACCCCUACCCGCCUCGCACGUUCCGGACUGUCUGUCGUCCUCCUCGAGUCGAUUUUGUUGUGUCACUUAUCCCACGCAGCCUGUCUGUUUGCCGCCAUCUGUACCCCCCUGCUCCUGAAGAGGAGCUCCUGCUGCUGCUCCUCGGCAAGCGCGCAAAAAGCUCGAGAGCACCGGCCCUACACCUCGUGCCUCCGCGCGAGACCGGUGAGAGGCCAGCGAGCGUCCAGCAUUGGGUUUGGCCGCCAAGACAACCGGCGCUCACCGGUGCUGCACGUUCGCUGCCAUCGAGCACGCUCGAUGCAAGGUUGCCUUUUUUGAGGAAACUCCCUUUCUCUACAUUGCGGGUGGAAUCCGUCCCCCGGCGGCAGCCGUCGACUUUGCGUCCAUCGUCUAGCCCACGACUUCCCUUCUUCCUUGUUCCUUGUGCGCCUGCCUUGUGCCCUGCUGUGCUUGUGUUGUGUCCCCUCAUCGCCACGCCCGAGGCAUGUGUGCACACCUCGGUAAUCCACGAUGCGGCUUCUCAACGUGAACACCCGGGAACUACACGAGUUCAACGGUGACAGGAUUCCCCUUUACGCCAUAUUCUCACACGUUGGAGAGGGCGCCAGCGAGGUCACAUAUCAAGAGUGGCAGCGGGUGCGGCAACAUGCCCGGGCCGACAGGCUGUUUCUUAACUGUGACGCUGUCCUGGUCGACGAGUCCAAGUCCAUACAGGACAAGCCCGGCUAUGCCAAGAUCAACAACUUCAUCUCGACCCUGAACAAGGUCUACCCGCACAUAGAGUGGGCUCACAUCCACAACAUCUGCGUCAACCGCAGCAGCUCCGCCGAGGUCGACGAGGCCGUAAAUUCGUGCUUCAGCUGGUGCCAACGCGCCACCACAUGCCUGGCCUUCCUUGACGACGUCCCCAUCGACCUGUGGCCCCUCAAGGCCAACCCGGCCGAGUUCUCGCGCGCCCGCUGGUUCCGCCGCAGCUGGGCUCUGAUCGAGCUCGUGGCCCCGCCCGAGGUCAGGUUCUUCGACUGCAAGUUCAACUCCCUGUCGACCCGCCGCGAGCUCAGCGAUGUUCUCCACACCAUCACCAAGGUCGACGAGCGCUUCCUCACGGGCAACGGCAACCCCAAGUCCGUCUCGGCCGCACAUCGCAUCGCCUGGGCCGCCAACCGCGAGACGUCGCGGCCCGAGGACACGGCCUACUGCCUCAUGGGCCUGCUGGACGUGCACAUGACCCCGAUGUACGGCGAGGGUAAGGAGGCCGCGUUCCGCCGUCUGCAAGCAAAGGCCCUCAAGCGCACCGGCGACGCCUCCCUCCUGGCCUGGGGCUUCCACGGCGGCGGCACUGGGCUGGGCCUCACGCCCGCCCAACGCACGGGUCCCUUCGCCGCGCUCCCGGCCCAGUUCGCCGCCUGCCAGGGCAUCACCCCCACCAUCCCCGUAACCGUCUCCCAGGCUUGCCCCAGCCCGGAAUUCAAGAUGACGAACCGGGGAGUCUGGAUCACCACGACGCUCCUGCGGCCGCCGCACACGGACCGCAGCGCCGCAUUCUCGACCGACUACGUGUACGCGGUGCUGGGAUGCAGCUACGAAAAGGGCCAGGUACUUCUCCCACUCCUGCCGGCCAGGAGGAGCAGCAGGGCCGGCGUGACGACAAACGGUAGCAACGGCACCACGCACAGUACCGGCAGCAGCAACAUCACCGAGUGCGACGAGUUUUGGCGCGCCCCGAGCUGCACGCCCAUCUGCAUCCGCCAGGGGCUCGUGCCGCUAGAUCAGUCGCAGCGGAGGACGGUGCUCAUCCUACGCGAUGCGCUGCCCGUCGAGAUGCUUAGUCUGCAGAUCCAGGGGCUCGACUCGGCCGGCUACAGGAUGGCGCUGCAGGAGAUCUGGCCGCCAACUGUAUGCCGCGACGGCACCCACUACAAGCCCAUCGACGACGGCCACACGCCGCAGAGCCCGGCCAACGGCAGUAUCAGCAACGGCUACUACCGCCGGAGCAGGAGCGGCAGCAGCGGUGGUGGCGGCGGUAGCGCCGGCGGUAGGAAUAGCAGUUCGACCGAAAUGUCGGCCCCCGUCGUGCGCACCCAGUGGAUCUUGCUUCGGCUCUGGACCUACUUCGAGAACGUCAUCGUCAUGAUUCGCUAUCGAGGCCGGGCGCUGCAGGAGGCGCCGGCGCAACUGCUGCCCGCCCUGUCGCCGCGCCAGAUCAACCCACUCGAGGUGCAGGUGAAGGUGCUGAGCCUGACUCAGCUGAUAGAGGGCUACUCGUCGCCCGUCGACGAGGGCAGCCUGCCGCAGCCGCGCUCGCUUGAGGACUACUUUUGGAACCGCGAGCCGACGGCGGAUCGCCUUGAGGCCCUAUUCGCCAUGAAACCCCGCUUCCGGCACCCGGAGCCCGUCCGCGCCCUCGUCAGCAAGCCCGUCGCAAAUCUCAACUACACUCACGAGCGCCACGAGCAGCACGCCCUCAAGAGGAUGGGCUACCGACUGCCCGCGUGGACCGUGAAGCUCGAAUUUGACAAGGACAGCCUAAGCACCACGACCUCGCUGUGCGGUCUUUGAAGAGAGAUCUUUUGGUGGGGUCCACCUUGGUACCUAGGUACCUCGUUCUUGUCUACCUUUUCCCAUCAAUCUUUUCAUGAACCUCCAUGUUCAUAUUUUGCAUAUUUUGCCUUGCCAGGGGUGGUGUGCCAACAAAUUAGUUCCCUCUUUCUCUAUCUCUCUCUCCCAUCUCCCUCCCCUUAAUUUCCGCUCCUGUAUUACCCUUCUCACAUCAUUACCCAACGAAAAAAAACAGGACUUCUUGCCCUUGAAAGAGCGUGUGAUCAUCUGUACGCGCCUCAAAUAUCACGACACAUCAUAACUUCAGCAUCUGCGAUACCUUCCUUCACCUUCCUUGCCCCUUUCGGCUUGCUUCCUUGUCCUUUCUUCUUCUUUUUUCGGCUUCUAGGGAAAUUCAUUUUGGGCCUCGGAGCGGGAGGGUAACACAUAAAACGACACGCGACGACUCUCACGGAUGGACGGACGGCAGAAACGACACGGGCCGGCAAACUCGGGGCAAUCUGUUGGGCCAAGGUAGCAUAGACAAGCUCUUUUUUUUCUUACACGCUUCACUGCGGCUUCAGGCUGGAGCCUGGGGCUGGGGCUGGUUGGUAGGGCGGCCGGCGGUGAGCAUCAUGUUUCGGCUACAUGUUUUGCACCCGAGCCGCCUGCCCACCUGCCCUUGCCCAUGCCUCUGCAAUAAUCGUAUUCCUUUACUUUCAUCACGCCAGGGCUCUGUUACCAGGGCAUAAACACAACAACGAUCACGCGAACGAAAACGUCUUGUAAUGUUAAUGAAACGCAUUCUUUGGCUUGGUCUGUCUUUGGAUUUUAUCAGUAGCAGCUCAAGGUUCCAACAAUCUUGUCAUUGGUACGACGAAAGAAAAGAGAGAAAUAACCGCCAACGGCAAUAUCACAUCG